AUGGAACCUUCACGGUGGGAACGCGCUAAGUACGGAGCCGCAAUGGGCGGCGCCGUCGGUCUCUGUAUCGGACUUGUCUUUGGCGGUCUAUCCGCCAUGAGGAACGGUCCUGGUCGCAACGGAUAUGUCAACAACCUGGCCCAGACUAUGGUGUCCUCAACGGCCAUGUUUGCAUUCUUCAUGGCGAUCGGAUCUGUCAUUAGGACAGAGGAGGCACUCGCGAUCGACUAUGCGGAGCUGGACCAGAACAAGGGCAGGAAAAAUAUCUGGGGUGGAGCCGUGCGGUUCAAGACCCCACCUGUUGUUAUCCUCCAGCAACAGCAGCAGAGACAGGAGAACUAG